AUGUACUUCAAGACCAUUCUCACGACCACCUUCUUCGCCUUACUCACCGGCACGGCCAUGGCCCAGGACCUCGACGAGACACAGCUACACAUUACCAAGCACCUAAUCAGUGGCACGUUCUUCCCUGGUGGCUUCGAGCCUCGCCACGCCCACAAGUUCGAGACUAUACAGCUUCACUGCAUCAACUUUCAGCUCAUCCACAAGACCUACCUCCUCUACAGCUUCCUUCAGUGGUAUGAUCGGCGGGCUACGGGAUAG